AUGGCGCUACUUGCCUUCAGUCGCUCCUAAAGUUUCUUCUGUCAGUGAUUUAUUUUCAACUCUAGUCUUUUCUUUAUGCAGGUACCAGUUCAGUCCUUAAUGACAUGCUAGGUCUGUGCUUUGUAGGAGUCCACUGUUGACUCCUCUCUCUCUCUCUCUAGCCUAAAUUGUAGCAACGUCACUGCAAGGUUUCUGUGUCCUCGAAUGAAACCAUUAAAAGUUUAACGUCGCUUGCUAACAUUUUAGUGCUAAAGCUGCGUCACUUUUGCCAUGAGUUGUCAACGGGAGCAAGGUGCCCACUCUCCUCGACUGGAGGCUGUGAUUCAGAAGUUGGAGGAGUCCCUGCUUCACUCUGACGGCAGCUCAGGAGAGAGGACUCUGUCACUUCGAGGUGAUGGACACGAGUCCGGUGUCAGUCCCACGCUUGUCUCCACCCGUGUCCGCCAGAUCAUCACUCGCAACUUGGCAGAGCAGCCAGCUGAUGGGAGUUCUGAGGUCAGUGAGCUGGAGGGGAGCAGGGGCCCGAGGGAGCAGCUUUCUCCGAGCCAGAUGGAUCGUGACCAGCCGCCAGUCAAACAGGCCGGUCUCACAGACAGGCUGGAUCAGAUGCUGAUGCUGCAGUCAGCAGUGGACUCAGACCAGGACAGUGUAUCACCAGGAUCCCUGCAAUUGCAGACCAAGGAGAGAGCUUACAGGCAAAAACUGCAGGCCUACCAGGAGGCCCAGCAGAGACAGGCCCAGCUUGUCCAGAAGCUUCAGACCAAGGUUCUUCAGUACAAGAAGAGGUGUGGGGAGCUAGAGGAGCAAGUACUGGAGAAGACCUCAGAGUCUGAGAAGAUGAGGUUGUUGCUCCAGGCCCACCUGGACUCGGCCCAGCGUCAGCAGCGGACAGAGCAGGAUCUCGACGUGGCUAUCCAGAAUAAGUCUGCUCAGCUGGAGAAGGAGCAAAAGAGGUGUGCCAGCCUCAGCCAAGUCAACUGUAUGCUGCGGGAACAGCUGGAGCAGACGGGCACUGUCAACCAGGGGCUAACAGAGAGCCUGUGGAAGGCCCGCGAAGACGCUGACUUGUGUGAUUCCCGUCUGCGCAGAGAGCAAGAGACGUGCGUCUCCCGGCAGAGUCGUGAGCAGGCUCGUGUCAGAGCACUGUGGCGCCAGGCGGCUUCCCUGCGGAGCACUUUCACCCAGCUAAGGACUUUCACUGACAGGACUCUGUCUGAUAUGCGCGCGGAGUGUGUCGCUGCCAGCAGGCAGCUGCAUGUCGCCUGCAUGAACAUAGAGGCCAAAGUAACACAGGAGAGCACCUCUAGUGGUGUGGAGAUGUCGACACUGGAGAGGCAGCUGAAGGACAAGCUGAAAGAGGCCAUGCAGCUUCAGGGUCGCUGGGAUGCAGAGAAAGUGGAACUGAACUCCAGAAUCCUGGAGCUGACUGACUCGGUGAAGCACCUCCGCGGCCAGAGCAGCGAGAAGGAUUCCAGCCUCAACACCAUGCAGAUCAGUCUGGACAGGAUGGAGACGAGGAGAACAGAGGAUAAAGCAGAGAUGGAGGUCGUCGACAUGGAGAUCCAAGCCCUCCAAAAUAUUCUAUGUCAUGUUCACCAGUUGGUUGGCGGUGAGGGUGAUGGCAGUGGCUCUGAAAGUGCGUCCUCCUCACCUCUUCAUUACCGGUCUCCUCUGAGGAACACCACCCUGAUGGCUGUGCACAGUGCUCUCUCCAAGCACCAGAAUCAAACACAGGAGCUGCGUGGGCGUCUGGAUGCUGCCCUAGAGCAAGUGGAAACCCUGCGGGAUCAUCUGCAAGAGGGGGACACUGAGAGGAGAGAGCUGGAGCAGAAGAUCCAGGAAGCAAGGAGGGAAAGUCAGGAGGCUAAAACAGCUCUGGAGGAAAACCUCAGAGACAGCAACAGACAUCGCUGCUCACUGGAGCUCAUGUCCAGCGAGAAGGGCGGCAUGGAGAAGCGGCUGUCAGGGCUGCAGCAGGAGGCGGACUCCCGGCGUGCCGAGCUGGAGGUAUUGCGCGGCUCAUCGCUGGAGCUCCAGAGACAGAGGGACCUCCUGAGGGAGCAGAGGGAGGAUCUGGAGAUGCAGCUGGCACGCCAGCGCACGGAGGCCCAAAGAGGCGAGAGGAGUCUGGAGGAGCUUGAAGGGAAACACUCAGUUCUGCGUAGGGAGCUUGUGACGGUGAAGGAGGCUCUGAGUCAAAUCACCCUGCAGAAGGAGGUGUUGGAAGAUGAUAAGGCCAGCCUCGCUCUAGCUCUCAGCAAGAUGGAGUCCCGGAGUGCUGCACACGAGUUAGCACUCACCAAACUGCAGCAUCAGGAGGCUGCCCUUCAUGAUUCUCUGGCUAAAAUGGCUGCCCUGAGCGAAGGCCUGGCCAAAGACAAGGUGGAACUCAAUCGCAUUCUGCUGCAGACUGAAGGGGAGAAGACGGAGCUCGGUGAACGUAGAAGGGAAGCAGAAACGGAGCGGGCAGCGGCCCGGGAGGAGACAGCACGGGUGCAACAAGAGAAGAUGAAUCUGUUCGCUGGGAAACAAACCCUGGAGAGCUCCCACGGCCACUUGCAGGAUCUCUGCCAGAGGCUAGAAGCAGAGCGGAGCCUGCUGCACGAGGAGAACGCUCAGGCCCUGGAGCAGCACUCCCAGGUCAACAGGCAGAUGCAGACUGUGUCAGAGGAGCUGUGUGCGUGCAGGAGGGAGCUUGAGACCCAGACCACAGCCCUAAAGAGAGCUACCCAUGACAGGGAGGAGCUGGCCAAGGCCAGUGCUGCUCUGGAUGUCAAGCUAAACUCCGCUGACCGAAAGGCCUGUGGUGUCACGCAGGAGCUGGUUGCACUUAGAGCGGAGAAGGAGUCCCUGGAGACGGCUCUGUAUGAGAGCCAGGAGCUUGCCACUUCUCUGGAGGUCGAGUGCACCAGGAUGGAGGGGGAGAGGCGCAGCUUGCUGCUGGCUAAUGAGGCCUUGACGCGUGAUGCCGCUGGGAUGCGUGUGGAUGCUGAACGCCAGUUUGCGCAAGCAGCGCAGGAGCGGAGCAAGCUGGAGGAGAAGCUGGCACAGGUGGAGAGGAAUGGCCUGCUGACCCUGAACAGCAAAGAGCAAAUCCACAGAGAGCAGCUUGAAGCCGAACGACGGCAAAAGGAACAACAGUGCGCGGAGCUGACAGUUCAGCGGGAGCAGGUUGAGGAGCAGCUGCGUAGACAGUGUGAGGAAUGGCGUGUGCACAGCCAGAAGGAGCUGCAGCACGUGCAAGAGGAGCUGGCCAGGCAGCAGCAGGACUUCAACCAAAGCCUCCUGCAGGCUGAGAGUGAAAAGCAGCAGGCUUUGUCCCAGAAGGAGGUAGAGAAGGCUGCCGUCACGGAGAAGCUCGCCGCCCUGCAGCAGGACCUGGCCACAGCAGGCAUGGAGCUCGAGUGCAUGCAGAGGGAGGCACUUACAAAACAGGAGCAGGAAAGGGUAAAGAUAAGGCAGGGUCACAUUGGCUCUGGUCACUCUCCUUGUUCUUCACAUAUCACUCAGCCAACCGAUUUGUGUACCUCUGUGGUCCAGAACGCAGCGGCCGUCCUUCAGUCUGAGCUGCAAGACUUGCAAACUCAGUUUGAGGAAUCUUUGAACUCCCACGAGAAUGCCAAGAAGAGUCUGAUUGAGCAGGUCAGAGAGUUGAACCAGCAGAGAGAACAUACACAACAGGAGUUAGAGGGCCUUCGUCGGCAGCUGCAGGAGGCAGAGGAUGGACUUGUUAAGGCGCGAAGGGCGUUGAUUGAGGCUCACAGAGAGCUCCAGGAGUGUGCACAGGAGCGGGACAAGCAACGGAAAGAUGCCCUGGACCUGAGAAGGCUCUUGGGUGACGAAACCAGAGAGAAAGAUGCUAUCCAAGCGUCCAACCAGGAGCUAAGAGCUUUCAUCAAGAGAGCAGAGAGUGACAACAGCAGCUUGAGACGAGCCCUGGAGGAGAGGGAGCAGAAAGUUGCUGUCUCAGAGGAAUGUAGGAGCUCGAUGCACCAAGAGGCAACCACCCUACGGAGUAGCAUGAGGGAGCUGGAGAAGUCUCGCCUUCAGGCACGCAGAGAUGUGCAGGAGCUGCGCAGACAGGUAAAGGUCCUCGAGGGCGAGAACGGCCACCAGAAACGGGAGCUGCGAGAGCUGCAGGCCCGGGUAUGUCAAGAGGAGCAGAAGGAGGAGGAGGCGUGUCGCGAGGCUUUCACCUUUAAGCAGAGAGUGCUGGAGUGCGAGGCUGGCAGAGACGCAGCACUGAACGAGGUUUCAGGUCUGCAGCGCCGUGUUCUGGAACUGGAGCAUCAGAACCGGGAGCUGCUGCAGGACAGAGAGGCUUAUCAGCUGCAGUGUGACCAGAGGAACAGAGAAACCACUGCCCAUAUGGAGGAAGCACUAGAAGACGCCGGGAUCCAGGUCAAGCAACUCUCUGUGCAGGUCGGCCUUGCUGAAAGCAAGGUCCAGGGCCUGGAUGAGCAGCUCGGCCUCGGUGACACCAAACGCAGGGACCUGGAGCUCAAGUUGGCGGGGUUGUCUUCAGCUCUGCGCCGCACUGUUGGCACCGGCCAUGCAAGGCUUUCGGGCACACCUGGGUCCCACAAACGGUCUCCCUCUCCCUGGAGGAACCACCUGCAAGUAAAAGGGGGAGACAAUGAGACAGACAGAUCCGUGUUGUCCUUGUCUCGUGGUGAAGAUGAAGAGCUGGAUGUGGACACGGUGCAUGCUGCCCUGCGGGAAUUCCAGCAGGAACUCAGGGACACACAAAGAGACAGGGAUGAAGCCAAGGCUCAGAUAGCUGGUCUAAGUCAGCAGGUGACAGAGCUCCAAGACAGCCAGGAUAAGUCAGCCACCCAGCUGCUACAACUCCAGAGGUCCCUGAAGCAAUCAGAGCACGGAAAAAGAGAGAUGGCAGAGCGGUUGCACGAGGCGCAUACAUCCCUUUCCCUGCAGGAAGAAAUAGUAUGUUGCACAGAGAGGGAGAAGAGAAGCCUUGAGGAGGAAGUGGCUCAUCUCCGGACCAGUCUGCAAGCUGCUGAGGCUGAGACCAGGGCACUGCAAGACAAGUUGGAGCUCCUGCACGGCUUAGAAUCGCGCGCAAAUGUAGAACAACAGAAGCUGAAGGAGUCCCUGCAUGGAGCAGAGAGCAGGGUGAGCCGCUUGGAGCUCUCCCAGCGCACCCUUGAAGGCGAGCUACAGAGGGCCCAGCUCAGGGCGGCAGAGCUGGAUGCAGAGGCAGGGGCCUUGCAGGAAAGACUGACGGAGCUGAGGAGGAAGCUGAGUGAGAGCGAGGACCGGGGCGCAGCACUGAGGGUCAGCGAGGAGAGGUUGGCCACGUCGCUGGCUCGAGCUGAGCAGCAUGAGAGCCACCUGAGGGAACAGAUCCACAAAUUGUCCAACACCCUCAGCGACAACAGGACCAGCAGCGGAGCCCUGCAGGAGCAGAUCCCACAGCUGCAGAGGGCUCUGACUGCCAGCGAGCAGGACCGAAGGCUGCUGCAGGAACGUCUGGAUCAAACACGAAAUGCCCUCUCAGAGAGAAAGAGGCUGAGCCACACACUAACAGAGCAGACCCAGAACCUUCAAAGAGCCCAAGAGGACUUGGAACUUCAAAACUCUGAGCUGGAGAAGCACAACAGGACCCUGAAGGAGAGCCUGAAGCAACAGCAGGAUGCUGAAGUGCAGGCCCAGGGGAGCUCCCAGCAGCUGCAGCAAGAGAAGGAGGAACUCCAGGACAAGGUCACCAAUCUGCAGAGCUCUUUGCAAAAGCUGCAGAGUGAGAGAGCGGAGAUGGAGAGGGUGCUGACGCGCCUCGGUAAAGACAAGUCAUCACUCAGGAAGACACUGGAGAGGGUGGAGAUGGAGAGGCUGAGGAGGGAGGAGGGGGAGGCGGCGUCGGCAGCCAGAGAGAAGGAGCAGUUGGGACAGACAGUCCGCUGCCUGGAACAGGAGCUGGCUGAAAAGCAGGCUGAGCUGCAGACUGUGCAGGCCCAAGUGUCCCAGUUAGAGCACGCUCAUGCACAGCGCCUCCUGGAGGCGACAGCCCGCCAUCACCAGGAGUUGGAUUUGGAGACGGAUCGUCUGAGAGACAGCCAGUUUCAAGCAGAGCAGGCUUUGGAGACAAGGGAGAAGGCACAUCGCCAGAGGGUCAAAUGUCUGGAGGAACAGGUGCUGACUCUGAAAGAGCAGCUGGAUCAGGAGACAAGAAGACGACAGGCCUAUUUCAAUCAGAUGCUCCAACCCGGUGUGUAAGCGGAGACCCUGC